AUGGCAGACAUUCAUUCUGAUGACAUGUACCAGUCAGCUCAUCAGAGCUUUGAUAAUCAGGGAGUACAUGCUGGUGGACUCCACACAAGCCAGAAUCUCCAGGUUGGAGACACAGUCUUGCCAACAAAUUCCAAAGAGGGAGCAGAGAAUUUCUUUCAAGUGGUCAUUUCUCAUUGCAUGGUAUAUCAGAUUCCUCCACAGAGCUUUGAAAUGCCCUGUAUACCAGCUAGAAUGGCAGAGGAUGUUCCCACUUGGCAAGAUGUGCAUGGUACAAUUGGAGCCAAUGCCACUGUAUUUGUGGCUGGAGAUAACGUCUUAUGUUGCCAUUGGAGUGAUACAUAUAUGAAUUGUUUGGCACACACUGCAGAAAUGGAAGCCAAAGCACUUAUUUCUUCAAGAAUUGUCGGUUCAACACUUCAGCAGAUAGAUUCAAUUUGGAAUCUGCAAUUUUGGACUAAUGAAACCACAGAAGAAUUGUUUUGUAUUGUGAAAUUAUCUACUAAGUCACCAUAUUUGAAUGAAGAUUUUACAGUUAAUCUACUGCAUGCAUUAACAGAUACAUCACUGGAAAAUGCUUCCACAAAUUUAUUAAAGGAAAAUUCUACAGUCAUUCACUGUAAUACUCUAAAAUCCCAAAAAUAUGAAUGUCAGGUAUCUUCAAUAAAACUGAAUCAUAUUUACAUUAUAUGGCUGAAGAUCACUAAUGGAAAUAUAUUACUGCAGUCACCAUUGAUGUCAGUCAAGCCUAUAGAUAUUGUAAAACCUGACCCUCCAUUAUGUCUGCAUGUUGAAAUGGCAGAUACAGGACAAAUAAAAAUCUCUUGGUCUCAGCCAGCAUCUAAAUCCAAUUUAUUUCUAUACGAAGUGAAAUGUUUUACAAACUCAACUAAAAGUUUUCAACAGGUGGCUGAAAUUACCAUGGGAACAUCGCUGACCAUAAAUAAUGAAUUACUCGCAUCUUCAUAUAUAAUUCAGGUUCGGUGCAAGAACCAUAAGGAAUUAGGUCUUUGGAGUGAUUGGAGCUCACCUUUUAUCAUGGAUCUACAAGAUGUCAUGUAUUUCCCUUCUAAACUCCUAGCAAGUGUUGGAACAAACGUUUCUUUAUAUUGUGUUUAUAAAACCAAAGACAAAAUGAUCUCAUCAAAGAAGAUAGUGUGGUGGUUGAAUUUAGCAAAAGAAAUCUCAAGUAGCCAGUACACUUAUGUGAAUGACUACACUAGCAAAGUUACACUUACCAACUUGCCUGCAAUGAAGCCUGGAGGAAAAUUUCUUUUUAAUGCUUUAUACUGUUGUAAUGAAAAUAAGGAAUGUAAUCAUCGUUAUGCUGAACUAUACAUAAUAGAUGCUAAUAUCAAUAUCACAUGUGAAACUUAUGGCAACUUACAAAAAAUGACCUGUUCCUGGUCCAUCAACCCAGAUCCAAUACUUUUGGAAAGUACUUUGCUGUUAAGAUACUACAGGAAUGAUAUAUACUGUUCAGAAUCUCCGAGCAUGCAUUCAGAUUCAGAGGUGAAAGAAUGCAAUUUGCUGAGGAAUAAUGUUUAUGAGUGCAUCUUUCAGCCCUUUUAUCUUCUGUCCGGAUACACUAUGUGGAUAGAGAUUAAGCACUCACUGGGAACAGUUACAUCAAGGCCAGUAUGUGUCCUUCCAAAAGAAGUAGUGAAGCCAUUCUCUCCCUUCAGUGUCAAAGCUGAGAUUACAGCGGACACUGGGCAACUGAAUGUGAGUUGGAAGAACCCUGAACUUCCAAAGAAUGACCUUCAGUUUCAAGUUAGAUAUGCGACUAGUGGAGAAGACAUUAAUUGGAAGAUUCAGGAAGUUUUGGCUGUAUCGGUUACCUCUUUGAGUAUUGCUGUACAAGAUCCCUGUAUAGUUUACAUUAUUCAGGUGCGCUGCAGGAUGAGUGAAGGAAUUGGCUAUUGGAGUGAUUGGAGCAGAUCUGCUUAUACAGUUGUUAAGGAUAUCAAAGCUCCUUUGCGAGGACCUGAAUUCUGGAGAGUUAUUAAUGAAGAUCCCAUUAUGAACCAGAAAAAUGUCACUUUGCUUUGGAAGCCACUGAUGAAGAAUGUUUCUUUAUGUAGUGUUCUGGACUAUGUAGUAGAACAUAAUACCUCAGAAAAUAUUGUUUGGUCUGACUAUAUAGAAAAUGACACUACUUACACUUUUUCAUGGUCUGGAGAUACACAUUCUGUUAAAAUUCUAGCAAUCAACUCAAUUGGACCUUCCUCUGUGAAUUUUAUUUUAACUCUUUCACAACAAAUAAGCACAGUAAACAUUGUGCAGUCUCUGAAUAUUUACCCAAUGAACAGCAGUUGUGUAAUAAUGUCCUGGAUACUUUUGCCUAUGGAUUAUGUGGUUACAUCCUUUGUAAUUGAAUGGACCAAUCUAAAUGGAGAAGAACAAAUUAAAUGGAUAACAGCUCCUCCUAAUGUUAGGAGGUAUCAUAUAUUUGAUAACUUCGUACUCAUUGAGAAAUACAGAUUUAGUUUAUAUCCGGUCAUUAAUGAAGGAGUCACAAAACCUGCAAUAACAGAAGGAUUUUCCAAAGGUGGGAUUGAAAAGCAGCAUGAUGUGAACUUCUAUGUGAUUCUACCCUUAAUGAUUUCAUGCUCAUUUCUGCUGCUUGGAGCAUUGCUGAUUUUGCAACAUAGAAUUAAGAAAUUAUUGUGGGUUGAUGUCCCAAACCCGAAGAAUUGUUCCUGGGCACAAGGAGUUAAUUUCCAAAAGCCUGAAACCUUUGAGCAUCUCUUUCUCAAGCAUCCUGAAGCGUUGUCAUUUGGUCCGCUACUUCUGGAAUCAGAAAUAGUAUUGGAAGAUAUCAGUAUUGAUAAAGCAAUGAAACAUGAAGAUAAACAAGAGUUACUAGCAGUUGACUCACUGUUUUCAACCAUUCAGGACUUUGAGCAUAACUCAACUUGCUUUAGUGGUCAUUUCAAUAGCGAUAGUCUAUCUGAGAACAUCCAAGAUGCAGAAAAUAAAAGAGGCAUGUCAGAACAAUGUAAUAUAAAAUAUGCAACUAUUUUAAGUGGCUCCAUGUCAAGUGGACUUUAUGAGCCUCCAAAGGAUUCAAGUAGUCCUUCUGACAGAAGUUUUGUGAACCUUAAGUCUUUAGUUCCAGCUUCUUUCUCUAGCAUUUCUUGGGCAGUAGGAAAUCAAGCAUUUUUGAUAUUACCUGAAUAUUUUCAAGACCCUCCCAGGAAAAGUCACUCUCUCUCUGUUGUUUCCACUGAAGGUUUCUUAGAAUCUUCAGAACAGGAUAAAACGUUCACUGAAGGUGACAGCCCAGAGAGAAGUUUGUUCUACUUAGGCAUGGGCCCACUCAAAAAUAAUGAAAAUGAUAUAUUUUUAACAGAAAAUUCAAAUGUGGCACCAUGUAAUUUUCAUACCAAUACUCUCAUUAGAAGCAUGGGGAUUUCUCAAAAUGUAACACCUGAUCUAAAUCCUUUUAUCUGUAACUGUGAGAGGCCCCUUCAAACCUUUAUACCGUAUAUGCCACAGUUUCAAACACUGACAGUUAAAAUACAUGAGACAGCUAGUAGCAAAGCUUAA